GGGCAACUCAAUCUAACUCAGAAUAGUCAUAUUUUUUCGAUUCUAUCUUCUUUAUUUCUACUUCAGAAAUUCUAUCAGUUUUUCGUUUUGUUUUUAGUUGCGUGCAAGAAUGUUUUAUGAUUUUAUAGAGCUCCUGUAAAUUCCUUGUGCAAUACUCCUUCAAAUAAGCAAAUUUACAAAUCUCAAGAAAUUCAAUUCUCUGUUGGGGACACCAUAGUUAAUCUUGACCCGUCUGUUUCACAAACUCAUCUGAGCUUCAGAAUCCCAAACCCUAGCUCCCAAAUUUUGGUAUAUGCUAGUAUCGGAAAGAUCCAAGUUAUAGUUAUAGAUCAGAUAAUUUGAUCUCUACAUUCAAUGGUAGAUCAAGAGGGUGAGGAAUUGAAGAUGGCGUUGAGGAUGAGUUUGCAGAACGAGUCACCAGAGCCGAAGAGGAGCAAGCCGGGAGAAAUAUCCGUUUGCGGGGAAGAAGAGGAGUCGCCGGCGGUGAGGAACCGCCGGAAGCAACGGGAGUUGAUGGCCUCAGCUGCCGAAAAGCGGAUGAUUGCCUCAAAGCAUGCGGCUGCAUCCGUGUCAGCUACCGUAAUUGGGAAUGCGGAAAAGAGAGGGGAGACGUGUGCUACCCAAGAGAAAACAGACGACUCAAGUUCUGGAUUAAAUGAUGCUCUUAAUUUGGUAAGAUAUGACCAUAAAAAUGUGAACUUGGGAAACGAGUUGUCAGUUGCGGAGGCUGAGCAGUUAUUCUCAUUGAUAUUCGGCAGAAAUGUCACUAGAGAUGUACUCGGGCAGUGGACUAACCAGGGCAUUAGGUUCAGUCCUGAUCUAGAAACAUCUAUGGGCUUAGUGCAACAUGAAGGUGGACCAUGUGGUGUAUUGGCCACAAUUCAAGCUUUUCUUCUAAAAUACCUUAUAUUUUGCCCUGGGGAAUUAAAUACUGGAACACCAAACAUAUAUGCGAAUACAGGCUUGAGAGGAUUCUCCAAACAUGAAUAUGCAGGUGAUGAGAUUUUUUCUUCUCUUACUGAAGACAAGAAAUCAAUAGCAUUGGUGAAAAGUAUGGCCGAUAUAUUGUUUUUAUGUGGAACAAAUGGAACGGCGUCUAUAGCAUCUUUGAGAAUUCUCGAUAGGGACCUUGAAGGCUCUGUUGACAGCUCAAAUGAUGAGGGCAUUGCAAAAGCACUUGAUGGUCUUACAAUUGAAUCGGGCCUGGAUUUUCACAACAUUCUGAGUGUUACUGAAUACACUUCACAAGCAAGUGCCCUUAAUAGGAUUGAAGCCAUGCUUCCUGUAUACCGAAGUCGUAUGGGAGCAAUGCUGUUUCUAAUAUCUGCUCUGCUUUCUCGUGGAGUGGAUUCUGUUCAGGCCGACAGGGAUGAUCCGACACAACCAUUGGUCACCGCUCCUUUCGGGCAUGCUUCUCAGGAAAUUGUAAACCUUUUGCUAUGUGGAAAGGCUGUGGCGAAUGUGUUUGAUGGAAUGAUGGACUUGGGCGGUGGAAUGUUUGUGAAGGGGAUAUCAAACCCCGUUGAAGUAGGAUUCCUUACUUUGCUCGAGUCCUUAAACUACUGUAAGGUUGGCCAGUAUUUAAAGUGUCCCAGAUGGCCAAUUUGGGUUGUUGGAAGUGAAUCUCAUUAUACGGUCCUAUUUGCUCUGGACACCAAAGUUCAAGAAGAGAAUGAACUUGAAGGCAGAGAGGCACAGAUCCGAAGAGCAUUUGAUGCACAUGAUCAAAGUGGUGGUGGGGGAUUCAUUAGUGUGGAAGGCUUCCAUCAAGUCCUUAGGGACACUAAUAUUAAUCUCCCAGCUGAGAAGCUUGAAAACCUUAGCUCUAGUGGAUUCAUCGUGUGGAGCGAUUUUUGGCAGGUUCUUUUGGAUCUAGACAAGAGCCUGGGAGGGUUUAAAGAUUCAAGUGGUUUACUGGGGGGAAAGGUAUUUGAUCUUUACCACUUCAAUGGAAUUGCAAAAUCAAUUCUGAGCGGGAACCAGGCAUCAUCUGGAAGUGAAGUUCCCGUACAAAGACCAAGAUUGACUAAGUUAAGGGUUUUAGUUCCCCCAAAGUGGACCCCGGAGGAAUUCAUGUCUGAUGCUCCAGCACGGUCUGACUCUACUAAAGUUGAUUCAGGGGCAAUAAAGGACACUAUCACUGAAGUUUCUCAGCAUGCUCCUUUAGUUGACUGUAUUCGGACACGUUGGGCCCGUGCCACUUGUAGUUGGGAAGGCGAUGCACCCAGUAUAGUCUGAUUGGUAAAUUUGGGGAACCUCAUGACUCUGGAAGCAAGUGAACACACUGCAAUUGUAAGAUAAUUUUCAGUCAAGUUGAUAGUUCUGGGGUGAGGGUGUCUUGCACAUUUCCACCCAAAGGUAAAAAUGUGACAUCAGUUUCACAUUGUACUUGUGUAAUUUUAUGCAUACCAUUUGAUUUGAAGUCUUGUUCCGAGGGAAGAGGGUUUCAGUCUUCCGGUUAUAUUUUCCGAUCCAGGGAAUUGGUUCAUUUCCCUUGGAUGUUUUUUUUUCAGUUUUUUUUUUCCGCACAGGUUUUAUUGAGUUGACUAUAUAGGUUUUAUUGUUGUAACUGUAUAACCUUCCUUAUCUGAAGCCUGAAGGGGAAAUGUAAUGAUUUGAAAGUUGCACAGUUGAGAAAACAUAGCAAAGACCGGGGUUUGGAAUUUGGAGCAAGGAAUGCACUCCAAUUGAGAGUAGACAAAGCAAAGACCGGGGUUUAGAAAACACACUUACACACUAGGAUGGAUUUUCUAAAUGAGAUUGAGAGUAGACAUUUCAAGGUACACGUUAGUCAAUGGUAGAGAACCAUGGUUCAGGUCCUGCGGUUCCCAGUCAGAACCGUAACAGGGGGGAUAGGGUCCUGGUAUCGGGUUUCUAAAAAUGGGGACCGGAAUUGUCCGGUAUGGUCCCAAUUUGAUUUUUUUUUUGCUUCUACUAUGGAUUGGGACUUGGGAAGUAGUUGAAAAAGGGCGGAGUCCUCAUUCCAAUGACUCUUUUGACCACCGGAGGUCAUCAUCAUCAUUACUCUGGUGUCACAAAGGCUCCCACCUACGGUGAGGUAGGGCCGUAGGGGUUGGAUGUACGUAGUCUUACCCAUGUACUAAAGCACAAAGAAACUGUUUUCGAAUGAUCUAUAGUGAAAAUUGUGUCAAAAAAUACAUCGACUGAUUGUUGCUUCACAAUAAAGAAGCACACGUAGUUUAGUGAGCCAUUUUGAUUUAUUCCAUCAUAUUCUCAAGCCAAAAAAAGUUAAUCUUUGGAUCCAUUGUAAAUGAUGGAAACGAUCAUUGGAGGUGUGUUUUUUUAAAUUAAAAAUUAAAAGUUGGGAUUAGAAAUGGAACCAGUUGAGACUUGAGACCCAGGGAUUUAAAGUGCAUUGAGCCAAAAAAUGGAUGUGACCCCAUCCCUAAAGAAUCCUCUGACCAGACAGUUAUCUCGGAGGAUGUAAAUCGAGCUUUCAACUCACUCUAAUGAAAAGAGAGUAAGGUUUCAUCCCAUGUCAUUGUUUGAAGUUGAAUUUGAGAGUUUGAGACCUCUCUUGUGGCAUUUUCUUCCUACCAGAUAAGUUACACACUUACGCCCCCCAGGUUUCCUACACGCCUUAAAUGAUGAUAGGAGGGGAAAUGGGGCUAGGAAAGACAGAGAAAAAGAAGAGAUCAUUAUGUUUGGUACUUUGGUGCAAUGGGAGUUAUUUAUGUAAAAGGAAACAUACACACGUAGCACCUGUUCCAAAUUUGUAGUAGGGAUGGACCCCGGCCGGUCCGGUUCUGGGUCGGGCUCGGGCGGGCUUUUUUUUGCAAAUCCUUGGGCCCGGAACUGGUCCGAGUUGAUACCGGGUCCGGGCCUAAGCGGGCCGGGCCGGGCUCGGUUCAAUGUCUAUUUUUUUUUGCUUUCUUGUUAUCCCCCGACCCUCCCCUCACCCCACCCUCAAACCUCCCCAAAACACCCAGCCCUACCCUAGGAAAAGAAAAAAAAUUGAAAAAAAAAAAAAAAAAAUUGACUCGGGCCCGGCCCGAACCACCCGGGCCGGUUCGCCCAAAACUUGGCCCGAGCCCGGCCCGCCCAAACGGGCUAAAAGCCCGGAACCGGCCAACUGGUCCCGAUCCGAUUCGGGCCCGCACAGUAGCGGGCCGGGUCGGGCCGACCCGACCCGGUUUAGUCCAUCCCUAAUCUGUAGUGAGCACCAUCGAAUGUCCCCAAGUCUCAUUAACACAUUAGGGAUGAACAUGUAGGCAUGGACUGGGCCCGUUCAAGCCGGGCUUUUUUUUUCAAGAUGUUGGGCCCAGAACCGGCCUGGAUUGAUACCGGGUCCGGGCCAAAUCGGGCCGGCUAAAUGUAUUUUAUUUUUUUCUUUCUAAUUAACCCCUCACCCCCACCCCUCAAACCUCCCCAAAACACCCGGUCGGGCCAGCCCUACCUAAGGAAAAGAAAAAAAAUUGAAAAAAAAAUGAAUCGAGCCUGGCCCGGACCGCCCAAGCCGGUUCGUGAAAACCAAGGUCUGAGCCCGGCCCGUCAGGCCUGCCCAAACCGGGCUAAAGCUCAAAACCGGCCAUCCGUUCUCGGUCCGGUCUUGGCACGCACAGAAGCGGUCCGGUCCGGUUCCCGAGCCGGUUUGGUCCGGUUGGGUCCAUCCCUAUGAACAUGGUUGCAACUUGUAAGUAGGGUGGACACAGCUUGAUCCAUAACCAGGUCUGGCACUCUGACACUG